GGUCCGAACAGACGAUCUGCGGUCACGGGAGGAAGCAGGAACCGUGUCCGCCGGAGGACCGCCUACUGCCGGGGGACAAACACCGCCGAGAGGAGCCUCUCACCGGCUCUGUAUCCGUUUCUAGGGCGAGGAAGAGCCGUGGGACAUCUUGCUGUUCGGCUAACGGUGAUGAAGACGGCAGGUCGCGCUUCUCUCCGGUCCCCGUGCAGACAGAUCCCAGCAGGUCGUCACCAUGUUGUUAUCCCACUUGGAUCUGUGGAGAUUAUACUGGGAGUGUGUCUCCAGACCUUCCACCGUGUUCAUCUGCUCCAUCACGGCCGCUCUCUACUAUCUGUGGGGCCGCCAAUGUCAGACACCAGCUCUGGUUUGUAGUGAGGCGUUCAGUGCAUUCCUCCACGAGCACUGUCCUGUGGUGUCCGAGCGCUUCAGUCCCACGCCGUGGUGCUGGGGAGGCCGCUUCCAAACCCUGGUCUGUUCCGUCCUCAAAUCCAAACCCCACGUCACGUAUCGCAAUGAGCUGAUCCGUACAGGUGACGGCGGUCAGAUUUCGCUGGACUGGGUAGACAAUCACGCCAGUGCGUCCUACCCAGAAUCCUCUACCCGCCCCACAAUACUGAUCCUCCCGGGCCUGGCAGGGAACAGCAAGCAGCCCUACGUGCUCCACACCAUCAGCCAGGCCACCCGCCGUGGCUACAGAUGUGUGGUGUUUAACAACAGAGGGGUCGCAGGAGAAGAGUUGUUGACGCCUCGCACCUAUUGUGCAGCCAACACCUCAGAUCUCGAGCAUGUGGUGCAACACGUCAAAGGACUCCUCCCACAGGCCCCUGUACUUGGCACCGGAGUGUCGAUGGGAGGAAUGCUGUUGUUAAACUACCUGGGCCGCAAGCGCUCCGAGUCGGGGCUGGUGGCCGGCUUCACUGUUUCCGUCCCCUGGGAUGCGCAGAAAUCCUCCGUCUCUAUGGAAGAACCACUCAACUGGCUGCUCUUCAACAAGUACCUCACGUCUGUCCUGUGUGGUCUGAUCACCAGGCACAGGAAGAUUCUGGAGAAGGUGGUGGAUUUGGACCACGUCCUGAAGUCGCAGUCGAUCCGUGAGUUCGACGAACGCUUCACCUCUCUGCUGUUCGGAUAUAAAUCUUGUGAGGACUACUACGUGGACGCCAGCCCAGACAAGAAGCUCCACAACACAGCAGUCCCCAUCCUGUGUCUCAAUGCCGCUGACGACCCCUUCUCUCCUAAAAGCACGUUCCCAUUGUCGAUAGUCCAGGACCUGCCGAACGUCGCGCUGCUGCUGACGGCUCACGGUGGCCACAUCGCCUUCCUGCAGGGUCUGUUCCCCCGCGGUGAGAACUACAUGGAGCGGCUGUUCAGCCAGUUCGUCCACGCCGCCUUCGAACACCCGAGGGACAUCAACAAAGCCUGUUGCAUCAAGUAGAGGCCGACGAGCUGACGAUCAUCCCCCUCCAGUACGUACUCCGAGCCCCAUCGGAUAACACGAUAACUUUCCACUGCGAAGAAUACAGAGUCGGUGGCGUUACAGCAGCAGAGGAGCCAUUCACAGGAAUGCGUUGCUCUGUUUCUCUGCCACAGAAAAGUUGCGUCUCCUUCACCUUUACACUGAAAAUGACCAACUGUAUUGUACAAUCAUGUGACCUCGAUGCAACUCGUCUACCUCCUCAAAAAUUGGAUGUCUCAUCAGGUAACAAAGAAAUCUGGUGACAAACCGAUAAAUUGAGGAUCUAGAAACAAACAAAACGAAUCCAUGUUUAGAGAUUUGAAAAAUGUUAUUUAACUAGAAAUGAUUCGGAUGUGUAGUAAUAGAGACGUGUUGUUGUUGGAUUCUUUUGCUUCUUUCGAUUUUGCAAGACUUGAUUUCUAUGAAGUGUGGGACCGGAGGAUUAUACCUCCUUCAGGCCUUUGUGCAGACUUUACAUACACUUCAUUCCAGACCCCCAGCAGAGCUAAUCCUGGUGCUCAGUUGCUAGAGCUGUAAGUCUCCACUGGAAAACAAGGGGGGAUAUAUUGCAUCUAAUGCAACAAACCCUGGCAAACGGACAUUGAAGUCAGAGCUGUGCCACUGACAAAGCAUCUCAUCUGGAUGAGGAUGAAUCAAAGCUCAACCUCAGUGAAGAGGCACCAUGAAUGCUUUUUAACAUUGGAAACAUGCAGCAAUCAGAGCUGCUCACAGAUUAUUACACUUAGAGACGUUGGUUAGAAUGAAGGAUCCAAAACCAUGAAGGGAGAAACACAGCUGAGACUGUAAGAGGAGAUGGAGGCUCAAUAGAAACAUGACUUAAGAAGCUGGGAGUAAGAGAAAUAAGAGAAUAAAUUCCAAGACGCCACAAACAUCGACAACUUUUAAACUCCAAAGUCUGAGCAGUGUGCUUGACUGACAGGUACCGCAGUCCUGCUCAGCUCUCAUUAAAAAAUGUCUCCUCAUUUAAGUGGUUAAGUUUUAAUAUACUGUCUGAUUUGAACAGAAAUAGAAUCAUAUAACAAAGAGGUAAAGACGUGCCUUCUUCACAAAUUCUUCCUCACAAACACAUUCACUGGCCUGUUCAUAUAAAUACUAAUAAAGCACCCAAGUUAAUAGAAGCAUCCUUAUAAAUGUUUUAAUGAAAUAUAUUCAAGCAUAUAUGCUUUAAAUGUAAGGAAAUAUUAACUUUAGAGUCUAGACCAACCAACAAGAGCCUUUGUUGUUUCAUCUGACUUAACCACACACAAUCAAAUUCUUUUUUAGAAAGAUUUCUCAGAAUAAGAAUCUUAAAUGCAAACAGUCAACUUUAUCAAAUAUUUGUAGACACAAAUAGCAGCUACAAUUGAUUCAGUUGUUAUGAAUGCAAGAAUAUAACAGUAGAUUAAAUGAUCUAAUUAGUUUGUCCCGAUAAUUACUGUCCUGAUUUUUCUACUCACACCCUCCUUGGAUUAUGAGCAGAAGUGUUUGAGGUGAAAAUAAUUCAAAAAUCGUAAAAAUAAAAGUCAUCAACAGUUGUUUGGAGCUUUCCCAGGAAUUUUCCUCUGUGGCAUCUUUGGAUAUUUAUUUCUGUGGUUCGGUUGAGCUUUGAUAUGACUUCAUCCCAGGGUGAGGCCUUGUUGACACCUAUGUAGAAAGUACUCUCGCACUUAUAAGUUGAGGUUUUGCAUUUGCAUAUUUAAUUUUAAAUAGGUAUGACACAUAUAUAGUAAAUAUGUGUACAUAAGCAAAUAUUGUAUGUCUUGACAUGCUUUUGCGGUAUAUAUAUGCUCCCUUGCAAUGUAAAGUAUGCAGCACAAACUAAUACUUCUCUUUGUGGUAUUUGAGGAAUUAUUUUUCCUCUGUGUGUUUAAAUUGCUUUUUCUUUUCGUCCUUUUCGCACAUUAUUGUUUGGAGGAUUGAUUGACAGAUGAAGGAUUAUCACCACUUUCGGUCCACAUGUUCAUUAUUUUACAAAAUUCACAGAAGAGCUGCAGUUGUUUUUGACUCGACUUUGAUGUAGAAGUGUUUUUAAUUAUGACUCUGGAACAAAUGAAGAUUGUGGCAGAUAGUGUUGCUGUUGUGGUUUCACUGAAUUUAACAUUUAUUAGCUCACCAUUUAUCUGCAGAUAUAAACUAUGCUCACUUUAUUGAACUGCUGUGUAUUUGUGGAUGUUUUUUUUUUUCAGUAUUAGUUCUGUUUUUACAAAGUCUGUGAACAAAGACUUUUGGACAUUAUUGGCUAUCUGAUUGGUUCCUGAAUUAGACUUGAAUUAAAGAAUGAUAAAUCUA